AGCAGCAUCAUCAGCUCGGUGGCUCGCGCGCGAUGGCAUUGGCUGGGGAGAUGGCCAUGGAGGGCCCUGCUUUGCAGCGCGCCGAGCAGGCCAAGCAGGUAUGCGCUGCCCUAUGCGCUCUGGGGCGCUCGCGCUGCCACCCGCUCACAUCGCAGAUCGCGUGGACCAUCCUGGUGCACUCGCCAGCCCGCAAACUCGACUACGACAUGCGUUUAUGCGCCAGUGGCGUUCUUCAUGUAGCGAGGGAGCGGGUGCAGGCUGCAGUGGUGCGCGUCCUGGAUGCCCUCAAAGGUGCCCCAGCUGACAGCGUCGACGUGGAGACCGCGCGACUGCCGCCAUGUCUCGGAGGCCACGGGCUGCGCUUGCCCGGCGAGCCGGAGGCCGACGCCAGCUACCUCGCAUGCUGGACGGCCCACGCGGCCGACGCGCGAAGACUCGCAGAGGCCCUGGGCCGCCCCUUGAGCCACCACCCGGACGCCGAGCUCGCCGAGGCAGCUGCGGCGCGCCUGCGCGACUUCGGGGUCGUCCUCGAGCACGGGCGCGCCCCGGCAUUCCCUGCGGCAGCUGAGGCGGAGUACGCCGGCGUCCCACUCUCUGCGGACACGCCGGUCCAGGACGUGUUCCGUUUCGACGGCGAGAUCGACGGCUCGUCCCUUGCCGCCGCCCUCGGCGCGCGGCAGCCCGCGGGGGAGGCUGGCGCCGGGCCGCCAGCUGCCGCUGCUGAGCCCACCGCCGCGCGGCAGGACUUGGAGGGCGCUCGCAGGCGGCUGCUGGGCCGGCUCUUCCGCGGCACGGAAGCGUUGCGCGCGGGCCGGCUUUUGCGCAGCCUGGAGGCAGACGAGGAGCGGCGUGCCAACCUGUGGUCCCACGCAGGCCGUGGUAAUGGCAGGUUCUGGCUCGCCAUCCCCCGUGCGGCGUGGAUGCGGGUGAGCUCGACGACGUGGCACGUCGCCUUCUGCCGCCGCUUGGGGUCCGUGCUGGCCCCGCCAGGCGCCGUGUGCCGGCUGCAAAGAUCCGCCGCCGUGGACGGCGACGACGGCGGGGCCACGCGGGACUGCGGCGAGCCGCUCGUCAGGCGCGCCGCACGUGCUCUUGCGUGCCCGCGCAGCGCCAUCCGCCUGCGGACGCACACUGGCGCUGUGCGCGACCUCGAGGACGAGCUGCGGGCUGCCGGUGCCGUCGUCGACGUCGAGCGCUGGG